CUAUUCAUUAAAGAACAUUUUAACGGUUUAACGGCAUCAUAUAGUGCUAGACUUGACUGGACUAGACUAUUUUGUUUUCUCUAUUCUAUCCUCUAACUUCUACUUUCUAUUUAUUCAUUAUUCAUCGUUCCCAUCCAUCAUUUUGUUUUAUUCUUCUAUACUGUAUUUUGCUUAUAUUAUUAUCAAAGGUUGGUUUCAUUUUCAGUUUUCAUAAAAAAUUAUAGGGUUCCUUUCAUUCUUAUUCAUUAUUAUUAUUAGUACUACUUUCCAUUUUAAAAGAAAUUUUCAUCAAUAAUGACAUCUAUUCCAAAAAGACAACUUGUUAGUGAACCAUUUGUUCAUCAAUUAGAUAUCAUCGAUAAAGCUAUUAUUGAAGCUCAAAAUCAACCUUCAUCUCCUUAUAUCAAUAAUAGUAAACCUAAAAGAAGAGUCAACUCCUUGGUAAAUCAACAACAAGUUCAAUAUCAACAAUAUUAUAAAAUGAAAAAUGAUUCAAUGUAUUCAAAUCAAUAUUAUCAAUAUCAACAAUCUUCUUCGCCUCAAGUAUCUCAUUCAAGACCAAAGAGUCAAGUUCCAUCUCAAUACUCUUCACCUUUGGUUAGCUCAUAUGUUGAUGUAAGACCUCAACAACAACAACAACCACAAAUUCAAAUCCAAAUUCAACCACCUCAAGCUCCAACUAAUGACUUUGGUCGUAGAGUCAGUGCAGUUAGUUCAUCAUCAUCAUCAACCACUCCAUCUUCAUCGACUCAUUCACUUUUAGCCCAAACUAGUACCACAACUUCAACUACUAGUUCAGCUAAAUGGUCAUCUAAUUUAUUUGAUCCUUUUAAACCAGUUGAAUUCAAUACAACUCCUUCUACCACUACUACUACUUCAACUAAUUUGGCUUCAGGUGCAGGUUCAACUACUACUGUCGGUGGUAAUACUAAUAUCUGGGGUACAGGUCCUUCAGAUUCUCGGUUGUUUAAUAAUACAGUUUGGGCUUAAGCUCAUUCUAUGGUGAGGUUCCUGGUUUUAUUUUUUUUUUUAUUUUUCAUAUUUGUUUUCCUUUCCUUCCUUUAAAUCUUCCUUUUAUUUUAUGUUUUUUUGUUUUUUAUU